UUAUCACAUACGCAGUACCAGCUACGACCAGGUACCUAAUGUAAACGAUUCCCAAUUAUAUCGUAUACUCUUAGCCAAUGAUUCGGUGUUACUACAAGUAUGGAGUACAACUAAUUACCACCAACUGGUGGCGUCAUGACACUUAGAAUCUGAACUCGGAAAAGUUUAUGGUUUCGACUUCUGUUCUUCCCAGGAUCAAUCGUCUGUAAUUCACGCCCGGCCUUUCUCCCGCAUACGCACAUACAACAUACACUCACAUACACACACACUCUCUCUCCUCGACUUUCUCUGCCAUGUGGCUACGUGCUUCCUCACGGUCCUACGGCAAUGUCUGCUGGGAAUGCCAUUGUCGCCUUGCCGCUCAGCGACGAGCCAUCUAUCAAAUUUCAGUGCAGAACCGUGGACUAUCCAAAGCCACCUUACGACGGACAUUCUACAGCGCAUCGAUGCGCUCUCAAAUAUCCACAUCUGCGACUCAAGAUAAUGUAGACUCAAAUGCGGCCGUAGCCACCCCGAUCCGCGAGCGCUUGAAGUUGUGGCAGGACACUCACGGUGGUCCAGAUCAGGCCGCCCUCUUGCCCUUCGAGAAUCACCCACUACGAGCCGACAUACAGAACACGAUCGCUAAGCUGAGCGCCGGUGCAAAGUCGGACGUAAUGACGUCCAUAGAACUGGAUGAGGAGCAGGGCGAUGUGGAUGACUCGAUCACCAUUGGGCUUUUUUUGAAGCCUGGUGAUGUUGUGGAACUAUCGAGUCCUGAUUCUGAACCGGUUCUUGCAGUCUUCGUUCAGCAGCUAGAUAUGCAAAGUCAAUUCUACACCGUGAGCGGGCGAUGGUCCCACUUAUUACUUGCUAAUGUUACCUUUGCUAUCCAGAGAUGCAUAGAUCCCUCCCUCAUCGUUCCACUGGUCCCUUUCCUUCCCACGAAGCCCUCCGAAGCAUCUAUCAAGGGGGAGGUGCAUGUUCCGCAGGAACUCGGUGCCCCUAUUCAGCGAAUAUUAGAGGAUAUGACGAACAGCGCGGAGAGCAUAUACCGCGAGAACUCUGCUGUUCUAGACGGAGCCUAUCAAGCCCUUGCCGAUAGAACGCGGACGCGAAUGAUGACCCUACACCAGAUAGCCAGUACACUACUUGCGCCAGAGGAUCCCUCCUGGAAACCAUCACCUGCGGCUUUACUAGCCGUAAGAAAAGCGCUUCAUCAUAACGAGUUUCGAUUCCCUUUCGACAGUAGAAGUCAUCGGUUAACCAACGUCUUCUCUAUUCGUGCAAUUGAUGAUGUUGCCAUUGUAGAGAACGUUAGGGAAUGGGUUCGGGAGUUCGGGGAGUUCCAAGCAGAAACGGUGAAAUCCAAACCGGAUAUUACGAAUGUUGGACGCGGGGCAACUUAUAUCUCUUCCUUCAUUGAUAAGGCGCGCCACUUAAUCCGCCUUAGUCGAAAGCACCGUGAUCCCCUCUCGGGAUAUGUAGGGCCCAGGAAGUCGACUGUAUCGAUUGAUGAGAGUCACUUGCCUGAUGGGAUUCGAAUGUUCACCCCCCAGGACCAGCAAAUCAUCAAGUUUUUGAAAGCUUGGGUUUUGACCGCCCAAUUCGAGCGUAUGCCUAAUCUUCAUUCCGCAUGCACCGCCAUCCUCCACGCUACCCAGUGCUAUGGCUCCGAUGUCUACAAGUAUCCUCGUGCGCAUGAUCGGCUACGCACGAUGGGCCGAGAAACGGGGAAUUUAUUCUUGCAGGAGAUUGGGGUCAUUGCACCGUUCGAGAACAGGGCACUAUAUGACGAGCACUUAAUGCUUCCUACAAUUGGCCUCUCGAGAAAUUUGGAAAUCCUGCACGCGAAGGCUGAAUUGACGCGCCGCAACCCGGACUUUAGAGACUCCAUGUCUCGACUGAGAAAGGAUUGGGGAAAGUUGAAUGUGUACUGCAUCGACGAUAUCGGCGCUAAGGAAAUUGAUGAUGGGGUUUCAAUAGAGAGGGUCGAAGGCCACGAGUCUGAGGUGUGGAUUCACGUCCACGUUGCCAACCCAACUGCCUUCUUCGACAAGUCACACGUUCUCACAGGCCUUGCCGCCCAUCUCACUGAGACCGUGUACACUCCAGAGCGAACAUUCUCCAUGCUGCCAGCAUGGGUCAGCCAGAACUACUUCAGCAUCGAGCCAGAUCGACCUGUGCUGACCUUUAGCACUAAACUCGACCUAAGCAACGGGGUCGUUCUAGACAAGAAGAUUCAACCAGGCAUGGUGAACAGUGUGAUCAGUAUCACACCCGGCGAAGUAGCUAAUUACUUGAGAGAAGCCAGAACAGGAACCAAUCCCAUGCUCAUCGUCGGUAAAGAAUUACUGGAGCAUCAUCCUACACGCAUAUCACCUAAACUAUCGUCACAUCAAGUCCAGGAGCUACAGGAUCUAUAUGCUGCCGCCCGGAUACUAUGGAGAAUGCGGGCCGAAGCUGGGGCCAUUCGAAUUAAGAGAACUACAACAGAAUGCAAGGUGUAUAACCCGGGCGUCAAUCGUGUCCUAUUGGUACCUCCGUCCACCGAUCGACCCCGCUACGAUUAUCUUGACCCCGUCAUUGAGGUAAUGACCCACGUACCAGACUUCUCAGCACACGAUAUAAAUGCGAGGAACAUAGUAGAAGAGAUGAUGCUUCUGGCAUGUCAGACUGCAGCUUCCUGGUGUGCCGAACGUAAUAUCCCUGUUAUGUAUCGAGGAACUGUUGAGACGCCCUCGAGUAGUGUUGGGCCCGUCGACCAGUUCCUAACAAGCAUUGUACGCCCAUACAUCGAAGAGCAUGGGCAAAUGUCCCCUAGCUUAAGUUCUAAAUAUCUCCAAGCCGUUGGCCGGAGUAUAUCUCAAUCUUCACCGCUUCGCCACCGUGUUAUAGGGGCACACAGCUACCUGAGAGUCACCAGCCCUCUACGUAGAUUCAGUGACAUGAUGUCUCAUUGGCAAAUAGAGGCAGCACUUCAAUAUGAGGCGCGAACAGGGAAGACAUUCAAUUACCAAUCUUCGGCGGAGUCCGUUGCAUCUGUUUUGCCUUUUUCCCGACAGCAAGUACAGGAGUCUAUUAUUACGUUAAUCCCGCGCGAACGAUUGAUUCGUGCUACCCAGCGCAUCUCUCAGCAGCACUGGACAGCCAUGGCAUUGAUGCGAGCAUAUCAUAACAAUGAAGCGCCAUUGCCAAGAACCUUUAAAGUGGCAUUGAGACGUAUUCUAGACAAUGGGGGAGCUGGUGCUAUCGGAUCCCUAUCCGAUUACUCUGUCGGGGUCGUCGUCGAGAGCGUUCCAGGUUUUGAUUUCAAAGUCCACGACGAAUGGGAGGUGAAGAUACGAGAGUUCGAACUCUUUACUAGAUACAUCCAUGUCACACCGAUACGCCUCCUUCGUCGGGAAGAUUUGGGUAUCUGAAUCAAUCGCGAGCGAUCAAUGGCACUGAACAACAUCUCCCUUCUCUGAUAUGACUGCUACAUGACGUCUAGGGGUAUUGUUCACUAUUAUAGGACUAGAUUCGUCACUUUGAAAUGCGCUCCCUAAUCUGUUCAAAGAUUAUGUUUAAAUAUUUCCUAUAAUCGUGUCAAUUUCGAUCUAGUGUAUGCUCGUAUGUCCCUCCCUAGUCAAACACUACCUAGUAAGCUCAUCAUGAUUUGUCAACGUUUUGCUGUGGGAUGUGUAGGCUACAGUUCACUAUUAGGUGCACAGCGCUCAUCCAAAAAUAUUUCGUUAUGGG